UAUUUUAAUAUUUUAGUAAAAUGAUAAAUCUAAUUAUUAUAUGUGCAUAUAUACUACUAAUUAUAAAAUUAACGAAUAAGAAAUAAAAAUGAAGAUAAACAUAAUAUAAAUACAUGAAAUUAUCUUUUAUUUUUAUUCACGUUUUCCAUUUAUUUUUCGAUAAUUUUUCAAAUAUUAAUUUUUUUAAUUAGUUAAAUAAUGAAAAUAAAUAAUGACUUAGCUAAAAAUAUGGAGAACAUAAGCAAAUUCACUUCUCAAAUAAUAGUAUAGAUAAAUAAAAUAUAUUUUGUUUAGAAAAAUAACAUAACACAAAUUAAAAUCACAUUUAUUAAAAAUUAAAAAGACUUCUUUGAUAAAGGAUUAAAAUUUAGUAUAUGUAGAGAGUAGCGUAGGAUUAGGGUACGGUUUAGAGUCUAAAGUAAUUUAAGCAUUUUACUAUUUAGUGAAUCGUAGUUAGGAAUUUUUUAUUUUGUAUAUUAUUUUUGUUAUAAAUUUGGUGAUAUCUAAGAGAUCUGCUCUAUAAUAUUUUAUAUUAUAUUAUAUUUUUGGAUCAUUAUCUCAUCUUUUGUAUAUAUGUGUUUACCACACAACCGAACGUGUUUACAAAUUUAAACGACAGAGGAAAUCCGAGGAUAAUUAUUUGCUUUUGUUAAGCCCUAAAGGAAUUGGACUAGGGAUAAUUUGCUUUUUAACAUAAACAUAGCUUGAGACUUACGUUGUUAGUUUAUACGAUCUUCGUAUCUCAUUCUCUUUAACCUAAGUACCGAGCAAUCUAUAAUGGCGUCUUUGAUGUUAACCGUUUCGACGUCUCCUCUCAUCCAUCCUAGCAUCCGCAACAAUGCUUUCAUGCCCCGCAGAUGCAUCGACCAAAUCCACUUACACACCACUCCAUCUAUCCGUGGCUGCACUCUCUCCGUUCGCUCCUCUUCUUCUCCGGAUACUGGAUUUACCCGUAUAGAUGGAAACAAAGAGGCAAAAAGUAUUAGAGAUGAAAUCAAAAUCGAAGUUUCAAGAAUGGAUGCAUCAAUACAUGUGGUUCCUGGAUUAGCUGUAAUCCUCGUUGGGGACAGACAAGAUUCCGCAAGUUACGUAAGCAAAAAAAAGAAAGCUUGUGAAUCUGCUGGGAUCAAAUCGGUUGAUGUUUGUCUACCUGAAGAUUCCUCCGAGGAAGAUGUGUUGAAAUAUAUCUUAAGCUUCAACGAGGAUCCUUCUAUCCAUGGAAUCCUUGUUCAGUUGCCUCUACCAUCGCAUUUGAAUGAACACAACAUUUUGAAAGCGAUUAAUCCAAAGAAAGACGUUGAUGGAUUUCACCCACAAAAUAUGGGACUUCUAGCCAUGCGGGGACGUGAACCCGAUUUUGUUCCGUGUACUCCAAAGGGAUGCAUCGAGUUAUUGCACAGAUACAACGUUGAGGUGGAAGGAAAAAGAGCUGUUGUUAUCGGAAGGAGUAACAUUGUUGGUAUGCCAGUUGCUCACUUACUGCAGAAUGAGGAUGCAACUGUUACCACUAUCCAUUCAAAAACCAAGAACCCUGAAGAAAUCGCACGGGAAGCUGAUAUCCUAAUCGCAGCGGCUGGGCAACCAAACAUGGUUAGAGGAAGCUGGAUUAAACCGGGAGCAGUCGUCAUUGAUGUUGGGAUUAAUCACAUUGAGGAUCCAAGUGCUCCGCGUGGCCGUCGAUUGGUUGGAGACGUUUGCUAUCAGGAGGCUUGCAAAGUUGCAUCAGCCAUCACACCAGUUCCUGGUGGUGUAGGACCAAUGACCAUAGCGAUGCUUCUAUCCAACACAUUAACAUCGGCUAAGAGAAUUCACGAAUUCGAGUGACCUUUGAGGAAGAUUGAUGGCACUUUUUUUAAUUAACCAGUUUUGCUCUUUUGGAUCCAAUAUUUUAUCUGGUCUUUCAUAAAAUGCACCCCAACAGAGUUUUAGGUCGGAUAUAAAAUUGUUAUUGUUUUACAUUUGUUUACUUCUUGUCGAUUUGUUUUUGUCAUUUGAUUCAGAACUAGUUUGAACUGAUCCUAAACUCAGAUUUUAAAUUACACCAUUAACGAUGACUUAUUUUUGUUGGUAUCUAAAAGAAGGGCCAAAACCUUUUGGCUUGUUUAUAGAGUUGACAUAGUAUCCUACGCCAAACGACAGUAACCAGUAAGCAGCAGCUAUC